GAAUCUUCGAGUCAAAAAAUUUUUGGAGCCUUAUCCUAUUACUCAUCUCUGUCGUUCUGUCUCUUUCCCCCAACCAUGGUUUUGUUCUUCCGUAACCAGAAAAAGAACCGCAACUCACAACGCCCGAGAAUGUAGACACCACACCAUGCAAGACACACUCCCUUUCCUUCCCAAGAACAAACCUUUUCCUCCCUUAUUUCCCUCCCACCAUAAACACAAUGAUUUUUCCUCACUUUCUCGCCCUAGAAAGCUCCAUUUCCCAACUUUUUCUUCCAAAACAAUUACCACCACCACCCCUCUCCCUCCCAAACCGCAUCCCAAAAUCCCUGAAGUCCCUUCCAUUUCCCCACCACUACCACCACUAAACUCCCACUCCGACUUCCAAGAAAAGAUGCUUUACCUUGACUCCAUCGGCCUUGAUUUUUUCUCCCUACUCCAACACCACCCUCCGAUCAUAACUGCCUCUCUCCAUGAUCUAAAAUCAACCGUUGACUUCCUCGCCUCCAGGAACUUCUCUACACUCGAGCAACGUCGAAUCCUUUCCAUGUGCCCCCAAAUCCUAACCACCAAACCAACUUCCCUCCUCACAGUCUUCACUUUCCUUCUCCGUGAAGCCCGCGUCAACGGAUCUGAUUUAAAGAAAGUAAUCAACCGGCGGCCCAGAUUACUCACAUGCAAUGUGGAAACCCAACUGCGUCCCACCCUCUAUUUCCUCCAAAACAUCGGAAUCUGCGAGGUAAAAAAACACACUUCCUUACUUUCUUGCAGCGUGGAAAAUAAACUGAUCCCUCGUAUGGAAUACUUCCAAAAAAUCGGAUUCUGUUACAGACAAACGAUUUCGAUGUUCCGUAGAUUUCCUCAGCUGUUCAAUUACAGUGUUAAGGAAAAUUACGAGCCGAAAUUGAACUAUUUCGUGGUGGAAAUGGGGAGAGAUUUGAGAGAAAUUAAAGAGUUUCCUCAGUAUUUUUCGUUUAGCUUGGAAAAUAGGAUAAAGCCAAGGCACCAAUGUUGUGUUGAAAAAGGGGUUUGUUUUCCUUUGCAUCUUUUGUUAAAGACGACUGAAGUUGAGUUCCAUAAUAGAUUGGAGGUUUGUUGUGAUUCUUCGUUGCCGUUUAAGGGUUCUCCUUUGUGGUGUACAAAUAAUUGUGAUAUUUAAUAAUAAUUGAAUUCGAUAUACAGUUAAAAGAAAUGAAUUGAUUUUG